AUGCCCCUCCUACCCAAGUUUCCUGAAACCCACACUAUCCAACCUAAAGCUGCAGAUGAUGCGGAUUUCUCCACCGCAAAAGGCCUGACCUCCAACCCACCCCCGACCAUUGAUGAUAAAGCUUCCAUUGCUCCGUUCGAAACGGCCAAUCCUGGGGAUGUCAUCAUUUCAAAAUCCGCUGCCAGCAACAAAUCCCUUGCCAUCUCCUAUAAAGAAGCCCCCGUCAAGCUUAAAUUGGAUAUUCCUAUAAAUAAGCCUAUCACCUUCAUCACUUCCCCUACAUACUCCCUAGGGGCCCCCGUCGGACUCAAGUUGGAAAGUCCUGUAGAUAAUCUUGUCGCCUCCGCCACUUCCCCUUUGCGCUCCCCAGAGACCAGUGCCCUCAUUUCGAUUCAUUUGCCCGAGCUCGAUGCCAGCAUCCGCGCUGUCAGGAAAUGCAUCAACUACGUCUUUCUACAUGCCGAUAUAUACCUACAAGAGGCGCCCGUCACCUUCUUCACAGAACUUCAACUCGCAGUAGAUGCUAUGGGCGCCGAAGUACAGAAAAUCAUGAUCGCGAUAGCAGACCCGGGAACCUUGGAGACCGAGAACCAAAAAUUGGAUGCGGAGCUUUUAUUGAACGAAGUGGUCAUGAGUUACAGCAGUAUUUUGGAGGCACUGGUGGAGUAUACUGGGGGCAUAGAAGAAGACACGAUAAUUAGCCAAAGUUUGGACGUGAAACUGGUCAUGCGCGAGAAAAACAAGAUCUUAACGAAAGAGUACCGCAAGUUUCUAAGAGAAGACAGCUCGUCUGAUAGCGAAGAUUAUUCUGAUUCUGAUGGUGCGGGUAAUGGUGGUGAUAGGAGUGAAAUGGCUGAGGUAAAUUGGAAAGAUAUGGGGGAUGAGGACAACGAGCAGGGGAUCUGGAGAGUGACGAUCGGAGAUGAGUGA